AUGUUUUUGGCUAUUAUUCGUCUUUCAAUCAUCUUCUGUAUCGCUAUGGCAGUAUGCGAGGCUACCUAUGUUCAAUGUCUCCAAAGAGUUCCUAUUUAUUCAUGUGCAUCAAUGACCUGCUCUUACAUUGACCAUGCUAUCACCAGCGACCAUUAUCCAUGUGAUUGCUUUGAAAUCGAGAAAGUUUCGGGUAAAAAGAAAACAUGGUUUAAAAUCGAAUUAUCCAAUGGAAGACAUGGCUAUGUCACCGAUGACCACUGUUCGGGUGACGUUCCACGUUAUGAUAUUCUUCGAUGGUCGUCAUCGAUUGAUGUUGCUGAGCAAUAUCAAUAUUAUCUCAAUCGACCAUUUCAAUCUAAUUUAUCGAAUAAAACUUUUUUUAAUUGUACACGUCCAUGGUUUGCAUCUCGAUGCCAAUAUUCAUCAGAAAUAAAUGAAGAUGAAUUAGUUUGGAAUUCAUUUGAAAUGACCUCAACAGAUAAUAUGUUUCAACAAACGUGUUACAUUCUUUUAAAAUGUGAUCGUGGUGGUCCAUCGAUUUGUCUUGAUUGGCGCGAGAUAUGUAAUGGUCGAAUCGAUUGUCUAAAUGAUGGUAUUGAUGAAACUGGAUGUUUUGAUUUAGAAAUAAAUGAAUGUAAUGAGAAUGAGUAUCGAUGUCACAAUGGAUUAUGCAUUCCAAAAACCUUUUUGGAAAUGAAAUUUGUGGAAGCGCAAUGUUUUGAUGGAUCGGAUGAAAUUGUUAAGAACAACCAUCUUCUGGGAUCUGAUUAUCAACCACAUCUAUUCGAAUAUCAAGAAUAUGCAUGUCGAUCUGAUGAAGGACAAUUUACGUGCGGUAAUGGACAAUGUGUAGAAGAUUUUGGUAAAUGUAAGAAUAAUCGACAUUUAGCAUUGACUCAAUCAAUUAGUAUUCAAGGAAAUUUAUCCUAUUCAUGUUGGAUAGCCAUGGUUUGUCUUAGCAAAAUCAUGAAUAAAACAGAAAAUGUAACAUGUGAUCAGUUCAUACAAUCUUCUGAAAUCAUUGAAGAGUUUAAAAACUGUACGUUUCCUCUUGAAUUUCCGAUUAUUCCUGUACUCUUUGGUCAUAUACGAUUUUUAUAUCAUCCAAAAGAAAUUGACAAUAUUAAUAUGACAUUAGCUCUUAAACCUGAAUAUGUUUGUUAUGAUGAACAAUUAUGUGAUUUUCUCACGCCUACAUUCCAUCAUAAAAAUUUUACUUGUCGAUACGGGAAUCAAACAGGCCUUGGCUUGGGUGUCGAAUUAACUACAUGGAAAUCUAUCAUCGAUUCAGUCAAACCUUACUUUAUUGGUUGUACCACUCAACGUUAUCAAAAUAUCAGUUCUCACUAUUCAUCAUUAUAUCAUUGUAAUAAUUCCUCAAAAUAUAUUUCAAAAUACCGAAUCGUUGAUGGUAUAUCUGAUUGUUUUCUAAAAGAUGAUGAACAAGCAUUCGAAUUGAGUUGUUUAUUAAACCAAACGCUACGAUUUCAAUGUCCAAAUGAAAAACAAUGUCGUUCACCUUUGAUUUCGACAAAUACCUGCUCUCGUCCAAAAGAUAUAAAUGUUGAGAAAAUUUUAUUUUAUCAAAUAUGCGAUCGUAUUGCGGAUUUGCCCUUGAUGUUGAUUAACGGACAAAAUCAUUCAGAUGAGACUGAUUGUGAAGAUUGGCAAUGCAAUAAUAUUUAUACACGAUGUGAUGGUUUUCGAAAUUGUCUUGAUGGAGAAGAUGAACAACAUUGUAUGAAACCAAUUACAUUAAGUCAUUUCUUUUUCUGUACUUCGCCACAGAAUCAUACACAGAUGUGUUUACCAGCCGGUCAAGUCAUUAAUGAAACUGCCGAUUGUUUUGGAGCAUCAUCUGAUGAAUCGCAAUACUUUCAAACAAACAAAUUGCAUUGCUCGAAUCACACGAAAUGUGAAGACGAUGAUCAACAUCCUUGCAAUGAAAACCAAGAUUGUUUAGAGUAUAAUAAUUACCAGUUCUGUGUUGACAGUCUACAAGUAUGUAAUGGCUAUAGUUUUGAUAAUCUUAUCGAUAUGCGAGACGUUUCAUGUCGAAUCAUUAAUAUCGAUGAUAAGUAUUUUUUAUUAGAUACUGCAUUAGUUUAUCCAAUCUUACAGACUACUACAAUAUAUCCUAUUAAAAACCAGAUCACUGACAAAAAAAUAGAACCGCCGACUAAAAAGAUAACACAGCCAGAUGUUUGUAAUUAUGGUUUACAUAUGUAUCAUCGACUCGGAGUAGGUAAUUACAGUAGUCUAUGUUUUUGUCCACCAAACUAUUAUGGUGAUCAAUGUCAGUAUCAAAACCAACGUGUUAGUUUAACUCUCGUAUUGGCAACGAUUCAUCAGCCGAUUGUCUAUGCUAUUAUUGUUACAUUAAUGGAAGAUGACAAUGAUAGACAAGAAAUUCAUUCAUACCAUCAACUUACUUAUGAAUCAAAAAAAUAUUGUGGUCGAUCUGUAGAUAUUUAUCUGUUAUAUACAACACGAGGAAAGGAUAAUUCAAAAAACUAUAGCAUUCGUAUUGAUGCAUUUGACAAGAGUUCAUUGACAUAUCUAUUAAGUUGGCAUUUAACAAUUCCAUUUAUUUUUUUACCAGUUAAUCGAUUGAGUGCUUUUUUGACCAUUCCAAUAUCUCGACCAUCCAAUUUUAAGCAUUGUAAUCUUCAAUGUUAUAAAGGUACUUGCAUGAAAUAUCAUAAUGAGGAACGAUUGUUCUGCCAAUGUGAUUCAGGUUGGUCUGGUGCACAAUGUCAUAUUCCGAUCGAUUGCAGUAUGUGCGCAUCAAAUUCGAUCUGUAUUGGUUCGAUUCAGAAUCGGUCAAUAUGUGUUUGUCCUCAAGAUAAGUUUGGUUCAUUUUGUCGUCUUAAACUAAUGUGCUCAGAAGGAUUUUGCAAAAAUAAUGGCCGAUGUGUCGUAAUCGAUGAGAGAAUGAUUGAUGAAAGUUAUGUAUGCUUUUGCUCCGAACAAUUUUAUGGAUCAAGAUGUCAAUACGUCAAUCAUCAAAUAGAGAUUUCCCUUAAGAAUAUUGAUAUUCCAUCACACUUACUCGUCUAUAUCUACAAUCGGAUCAGUUUUGAACGAUCAAUACCAACAUUAAAUAUACUCAAAAAAAUGACUAUGUUUCAGAAUCAUGUUAUUUUAUAUUCUCAACAUAUGUUCAAAAUGAUUCUUGUUAAAAUUGAUACUCGUUAUUAUUUGGCUAUACUUCAAAAAGCCGCACAAUCUAACAUAACAACAUCGAUUAAUCCUGCACGACGAUGUGCUUCUGUUGAUGAAGUUUUGGAUACUCAACUAGUAUCAUUAUCACGAAUUCAACGACUGAAAAGCUAUCAUAUUCCAUGUCAGCGUGAUUUUAAUCUGCAAUGUUUCGUGGAUGAAUUUUACAUGUGUCUAUGCACGGAAGAACAUCAUAGUAAUUGUUUUCCAUUAGAUCAUCAAUCGAGUUUUGUCUGUGGCGAUAAUGUUUAUUGUGAAAAUGGUGGAACAUGUUUACAAGAUCGACC